AUGACCAUUCGCCACACAUCCCGGGUCCCAGCUCGCAGAUCCACUUUCUUCGAGCAGGCAUGUCCAGUCAUUCGCACCCUGAUUGAACAGGACCCGUUCCAGACUGGUCCUGUGUUGCAAUGCAAGCUCGAGUCCAUCCUCCAGAGGAAAGUAUCACUCUCACUCUGCCACACUGCCAUCCAGCGAGCAGGUCUCUCACACAAGAGGGCAACACACCUCUACAAGUCCAAGCGACUGGAUGAGCGAGUGGCACAGUUCAGGGACCAGGUCCGCUCCAUCGACCCGCGGCGAUUCGUUUUUGUCGACGAGACGGGGAUCAGGAAAUCCAUUUUCCCUCUUUACGGAUACUCGCCGAAGGGUGCUCCGCUUCGCCAGUGCAAUCACAUGAAACACAAGUCUGUCUCGGCUGCAUUUGCCAUCAACCACUCUGGUGUGCUGCAUCGCAUGUACAUCCCCACAUCAUUCAAGACACACUCGAUGGUCGAGUUCUUUGAGCGAGCGACCUUCCCAGACGACUCUGUGGUUGUGAUGGACAAUGUCAGCAUGCACAAGACAAGGGCUGUCCUGGACUGCAUCGAGCGCCGAGGAUGGUCAGUGAUCUUCACCCCACCUGCUUCACCCGACUUCAAUCCCAUCGAGAACUUCUUUGGGGUUGUGAAGCAUCAGUACAGGAAGGCAGCAGCGCUGAAUGCGUCCGAGGGGUUCAAGGUCGGGAUGGUGACCCUGUUUGAGGUCACUUCCCCAACCAGCCCGCAACGACGGGCUCCUGCUCUUGGGCAUCCAGCAUUCUCUGGCCCCAUGCCUCCGAAGCGUAAGGGUACCGGUGAUGGCCAGCCUCGGCCACCCAGGCCCAAGAAAGCCAAGUCACAGUCGGAGCCUGUCUCUGAUCCAAUGGAUGUCGAUCCCACCGAGCCUGGUCCAUCUACUUCCUCGAGUACCGGCAAGCGAUGUCGCCAGUGCGAUGGCACCGAUCACGAACGUUGCAACACCAGCAAAUGUCCCAAAUACCGGCCCCUCAAGAGUUCUGUCGUCCCACUCGUGGAUGGAAGGUCAUCCGCCCCUCAGUUCAGCUGCUUCAAGCAGACGAUGGAUGGCUGUUGUCUCAAUCCCGCUCUCCGCGACAAGAUCCAGGCCACCGUCGAGGCCAUGACCCAGAUCCAGUUCGAGGCAUCCAGGCUGCUCAACCUGCACAUCCUCCGGUGCAUCGAGCAGGAUCUUCCCGUCCCCGUCAUCUCCAAGGCCACCCCUGCUUUCAUCCGCCAGUGCUUCACGAUUGUCGAGGCCGGUGCCCUCUCCCCGACCGGGGACAAUGAGAAAUACAACGAGCAUCUGGUCGCUUCCUUUCGCGACUACCAGACCACUCGGCACGCAGACCUGCCUCCGGCCCCUCGUCUGCCUGAUGGCGCUCACAGUCAGCUUCUCACCCUGGCUGUCAAUGCCUAUGCCACCAACUGCACCACCCACCUCAACCUGGCCUACUGGCGACUCCUUCGCCGCUUCUGCGCUGCCGUCUUCCCAGCCAACAAGCACAAGCACGAAGCCAUCGAGGCCUGUCUCGAGCUCUUCGAGAAACCAGGGCAGACUCCACCCAAGGCCGAUCUCGAGUUCCUCUAUCCAGACUUUGGCCACGUCCUGGACGAGUUUCGGUACAGCAACGACCAGGACCGCUUCCGGGCCCUCCAUCGCCUCUCACACCAUGUGAGAAUCCUCGCCCGAGACAAGAUGGUCGACGAUGUCCACAAGUGGAUCGACUGCGACAUGCCCGCCCUCCGAGUCACCGAACUGCAGCGCCAGGCCAAGCUGGACGAGCUCACUACCCAAGGCAUUCCCUCCGACGACAAGAGGUUCACCACGGCCAAGUCUGAGCUCGGCACCACCAAGGCCAAGAUCAACAAGCUGGCAUCCAGGAUCAACUGGGCACUCAAGCAGCUCGCUCUCGACACUCCUCCGGCCGUGUGCACGAUAGUUCCUCUAUGCACAGCCAAGGUCAAGUAUGUCAAGAUUGACACGGUCACUCUCUGGCAACUCCUUGACACCGAACAGCACCUUGGCCUCACCUGGGACAUGCUCAAGGAAGAAGGUGAGGACGGCAUCAACAACCAGGAUCGUCUCUGGCGCAGCUGCUUCAAGCUGCGUAGUUCCCUCUUCCAAGAGCGAGACGUGAACAAGAAGCUGUUCAACUACGAGAUCAGCACCGAUGGCAUUGGAUGCACCAUCGGCCUCGUCAAGUUUGUGCGUCGAACCGAUCACACCGAGACCACCACACCCGUCAAGACUGCCGAGCAGCGUAUCCAGGCCCACAUCGGCAGCCCAGACCCCGACAAGACCACUUGGAUUGGCAUCGAUCCUGGAGUCGGCUCCAUCUUCACGGCGGUCAUCCAAGCACCGGGCCACCAAGACGAGGUGGUCUCGUUCUCCAAUGGCCACUACCAGCACAUGUGUGGCCACAAGUCCAACACCGACUGGCACAACACCAUGAAGUAUCGACUCAGCAUCGAGACCUGGAUGUCGACCACCCCCUCGCCCAAGGUGUCGUCCUCGGAGGCCUUCAAGGUCCAUCUCACCCAUGUCCUGCGACCGGAGCUGCGAGUGCAGCUCGACUUCCACCUUGGCAAGAAGGCCCGUCACCAUCGCUUCACGGGCCACAAGAGGCGCCAAGUGGCCGUCGACAGGAUGUGCAAGGCCGUCCUGAAGCACGCCCCGAUACGGACCGAUGUGGUGAUCGCCUUUGGCAAUGCGUCAUGGCGUCAAGGCAAGGGCUAUGCAUCCAGCCCUCGGAGGCAGCGGUUUGCUCGGUACUUUGAGCAGUUCGAGCACCACCGACGCCGUCCCAAUCACCCUCAUGGAAGCGUCAAGGUGGCCUCAACGAACGAGUUCAACACCUCGCAGGUGUGCUCCAAGUGCCUGGAGCCAGUUCGGUUGGAAGGACUCGAUGCGCCCAGUGUUGCGAAUUCCCACUUUGUCAGGAGCUGCAAGAAUCCCAGCUGCCGGACAGUGUGGAAUCGCGACGUCAAUGCGGCGCGCAACAUGAUCACAUCCACACGAAUCCGGUCCGUCAAGGGCCAGCUCAGGAUUCGGCUCAAAGACUACAUCACCAAGCAGACCAAAGAGAUCGUGCCGUUGUCCAAGGAGGCUUCAGAACGGGCAAAGAGGUUCUGGGAAAUCGUGAGAAAGGCCUUUCUCCGCAAGGACAUUGACGCCUUUGCGCUUCUGGCGGGCACAAAGGCGCCAGUGCCCUAUCCCAUCACCAUCCGCCAGGGGUUCCAGUUCAAGUACCGCCUGAGGUCCAAGCAUGCGAUCGUGUGUGCCAUCCAGCAUCCUCGGGUGCCGAUCCGCUUCGAGGGCGGCUGUCUCGGAACCGAAGCCGACGCUGGCUACGAGGAAAGCGAGGACGAAAGCAGCCUCGAGGACGACCACGACCACCCGGACGGGAAGGAGAGCACCAAAGUCAAAAAAUCGAGGCCGUACACGAUCGCCUGUGUCGACCGCGCUCGCGGGAUCAUUGUCUGGGAUGUUACCCGGGUGUCCUUCAGCACCAAGCCGCGGAUCAUGCUCAAGCUCAAGACCGACCUGACCAACUUUGUGUUUUUGUCAAAGUUUGGCAUGUACUGCGGGUGCUCGUAUGACAAGUCGAUCAAGUUUUUCAACGCCAGAUUCGAGCUUGCUAAUAUCUAUUAUACCAUGAAGGCCGUUCAGUUUGUGCGCUACAACUCCAUCAGCCAUGAGCUGGUGACAGCCGGAUCGCAUAACAUCUGCCCGACUCUAAAGUACGAGAUCGAGACCGAUCUUUCGACAGACGAAUGGAUCACCAGCAUCUAUCUCGAUGAAGCAAAUCACAGGAUGUACGCCAUCAUCGACACGCGGAUUUUGAUAUGCUGCAUUCUGCACUACAGCGAAUAUAAUUACACCAUCAUCGCCUGCGCGGAUGGGUCAAUCAAGAUCAAGAACCUCACCAAUGCGGUUGUCCAUGAGUUCACAAGCCACACAAAGCGUGUGACGGGGCUGGCGGUCUAUCCCUUUGGGCCAAUCAUCAUGUCUUGUGCGCUCGACAUGACGGUCCGUAUGUACAAUCUCAAAAACUUCAAGGAGGUUUACUGCUUCCAUAUUCGUGAACAGCCGAUGGGAAUCGAAAUUGCCGACAAGGCCGUUUUGAACAUCUAUACAAGGGAGGGGAUCCUGGCUUGGAAUCUCAACCAUAUCAAUACAAGCUUCUCGUCCAUCAAUUCGCAGGCUAAGCGUCUUGUCAACUAUCAAGGCACUAGAACUCCAUGUCGUAUCUUGGCGUGGAGCGAUGAUAGCGUCAUUCGGCUCAUAUCGCCCGCGACCGGCAAGUCCAUAACGACUGUGCUGCCGCUUGUCGAGUCCGAGUCCAUCACGGCGCUCAGCUAUUGUCCGUCGAUAGAGAAGCUGUUUAUCAUGCUCACCAACUCUGAGAUCUGGGUUAUCGCCACCAACGUGAAUCCGUGUCUGGUCGUGGAUAUAUGGCGACCCAACGGACCAAUCCGCGAGGAUUGCACAUGUAUAUGCGUUUGCGAUGGCGUGUUCCAGCAUCAUCAGCCAUCGCCCAGUGGGUACGAGCGCAGCAAAGGAUUUGCCUUCUUGUUCGGCGGAACGGGCAACGGUCAAGUUCUGGUGUAUACACGGUUUGGGGUGCUCCAUAAUGGUGAAGUCACGCAAAUCAUCUACAUCUCCAAACAGCAGCUUUUGAUUACGGGAGGUGCAGACGAAUUGAUCAAGAUAUGCACACUGGAGCCCAUGAGCAGCGAGCUGAUCCAAGUCAAAGUGAGCAUCAAGGCUGGAUUCAUACCGCGGCUUAUAUCCAUUAGCGACAAUGCCGUGGCAGCAACGUCCGAUGACUGGAGCAUCCACAUGUUUCAAUUCAACCUGCAUCGGAACGAGAGCAGAAAAAUGCCGACGCAUCUGCGCUCCGACGACCACACGGAUGCGGUCACAGCAAUAUGUCCAAUCCCUAUGCUUGGCCUGUUCAUCUCCUCCUCGCGAGAUGGCACGCUUCGUUUGUGGGAUAGCUUCAACACUCUGAUCAGAGAGGUGCAGUUCACGCAGCCGCUCGAAGCUGUCUGCGUCAACUCAGAGAGAGGAGACAUUCUUGUUGGCAUCCAGAACCGAGUCGACAUCAUUCAGUACUCUUUGUAUCUGCCUCCCGGAUACAUUGCCACAGUGCAGUCCCUCGAAUUUCCGGAGAUGCCGGUGGAGCCUUCCUUGCCCUUUGACGACAAUCAAGCGAUUUGGAAGGCGGUACCGCUGCAGAGCUAUUCGACAAGACAAGACUUUUUUCACGCCAUCAACCUUGUCAGCACGGGUGUGGAGGCUCUCAGCUCUCAAAGCCUCUCCUCCGCAACUACAUUCGAACUGGAGACUCCGAUGUUGUCAAAGGAGCAUCAACUCAGCUCAACCGAAAACAUUUAUCGAAUGUUGGAUGUUUUGAUGCUGCGCCGGCAAGAAGUUGUCGACCGUGCCAAGAAGCGUAUCAGCGAGGAGCUGUCCAACGUCCGGCGCAAGGAUCAAAUCCUCCACGAAGAGUACGAAAAGUAUAUCAAAUACAGGCCUCUGAUGCAACGCGAGCUUGAAGAAGACAGUGAGAAAGCUGGCUACAGGAGCUACUCGUUGAGCUAUCUGCAGUUCUCAGCACCAAUAACCCCUAGAGGCGAGGUUGCCGAAGAGCUUACGCUUCUCAGAGAGGUCAAGGAGAUUCAAAUGAACGAGGCCGAGUCGAUCGAGAGCGUAGCUGCUCUAGAGCAAGCUGCAGAAUCAAUUCAGUCAGUGACGCUAGAAGAACCAAGUGUCCCUAUCAUUCAAGAAGUUCCUCAGGAAAGCAUUUCACAAAUCAUCGCCAAAAUGCCAGUAACACCAAAGCACAGACUGAAAGUUGCCCCGGAUGGAGAGAUUCCAAACUCGGUGCUUUCUCACAACGUCGAGUCGUGGCGAUCAAAGCACACGGGAUAUCAACGUGCUGGGGCAAUCAGAGGCAUUCGACGAAAGAAAAAGGAAGCACCCAAGCCUGCUGACACUGUCGAGCGCAAGAAGAAGAGCGACGAGUACAAGGAGAGACUCAAAAAUCUACUCGAGAACAUGGCCAAGAAAGAGGAGGAAGAGAAAGCACAGGCAAACGAGGCUAAUAUCGUCGUUAUAGAGGAUGAAGAUGAGAAUGAAGCGGAGGAGGAAGAGGAGGUCUACAGAUCGAGGCUGCCUGCGAAUACUGGGCUCCGAAACGUCCAGAUGUACGAUCCUAUCGUGCAAGUUGUGGCAGAGAAGGUCCCGAUGAUCGUGCAGAAAGCUCUGGCGUUCUCAUGGUUUCCGGACGACGAGAAAAUCAAUCCGACGCCAGAAGCCAUCGCCGAGAUCAUAGUGGGCAAACUGUGGGAGUACUCCAAGCCGGAAAUCAAGCUGGAGAUGCUGGACUUUAUCAAUUGGAUCUAUGAGGAGCUCGGCAUCCGAGACACAACUAUGAUUAUGCGAACACUCUGCAGGUAUCUGCAGUCGAGGCUCACCGAGUCGAUGGAUGACACCGAUGUCAAGCUUCGAGAAAAGAUCAUAGGUGUUUUGACAAAGUUCUCGGUUCCAUAUACCGAAGUGAUAUCGACGUUGAUCAUGCAGCUGAUCUUGCCUUACGAGCCGAUUGUCGCGCCAUCAAAGCACUUGAUGUCAGCACUCGGAAUUGCUUGUGCCGAAAGUCAGUUCCUCAAGAUGCAGAUUGAAGAGAUCUACAAUGAGUCUCAAAACCAACUCAUGGCAUUUAAUGCCGCAAGGGGUGAGAGUGGAUCUCGGCCACAAACGCUCACGAAACCAAAAGACUUCCGGGAGCUAGCGACGCUGUGGAUCCGGACGUGCUUGAAAAACUACUUGAUGAAGACGCUGAAGGAUAAGGACGCAAUUGCGCUUCUAAAGAAGCUCACUCCCUUCGGAAUCGAAGACCGCGGCAGCACCAGCAACUCGUCGGCACCAAGCACCCCUGCUCAAGCAUCCUCAACGGGCACGGCAAAAACUUCAAACCCAAGUACCCCCUCCAAUCAAAUCGACAAAUCUCGGCGCUCGUCCGUCAAGGGUCGCCGCGAGUCCACAGCCACACAAAGCAGGAGACCAACGAGCCCGCAGAAGACCCGCUCACGCCAGACCUCGAUCGCUACUGGAGCAAACCAAGGCAGGCCAAGGGCAAGUAGCGUCAGCUUCCAUCCGGAUGUCGGCGAAUCCGGUCCGGAGGAUCCAAAAGACCAGCUCAGGCGCCUUGCCGUCACGCUUGAAAGCUCAAACGAGAAGCUGGAUGAAGAGACCAACGAGGCCAUUGUCUCACGCCCGGUGACAGCCAUCGGUGACUCGACCAUAGAAGGAGUUGUCAUCGAGACCCGGGAUCCAGGCUCACGCGAUCCGGUGAGCAUCUUGCGGAAUCCUUCCGGCCAAGACUUUGUGGAUGCAGUGAACUACUUCAUUGUCACAUUGGAAAAGAAGGCGGCGAAGGAGGAGCAAGAACGGCUUGCCAAACUGCGCGAGCAGUCCGCGCAGGCCCAGAGACAGCGUCUCGAAGCUGAAAAGAAAGCACAGCUCGAGGAGUACCUCAGACAGAAAGAAGAGGAGCGACAGGCCCGAUCGGCCGCACGACGAGAGAGAAUAGCCAGUCUCAGGGCGCAAGAGAAGGCCAAGGCCGACGAGUCCCAGAAGAGGCGACGCGGAGUCAACUGGAAGACAGUCGGACAGACGCACCAAAGCAAAUGCCAUCCGUCACGGGAAACACUCAACGUUGCCUUGGACAAAUUUCCGUCCAUGUGUGGAUCCUUCUUGCGAUCGUUCACCAAUGAAAUCACCCUCAACAUGGCAUCGCUGGCCAAGACCAUGCCGAUGGAACACGUCGUCUUGAGCCCGUUUGGCGAGCCUCCACUCUCCCAGAGGAUUCUGUCCGCCGCAGCCCGAGAAAAGGUUCAUGGGCGAGACUAUCCGUACUCGCCGUUUGUGAACUCGCAACACACCUUGGUCCCGGAGUGGAAAGAAUAUCACGCCGAUGAACGACGUUCUUCGACGACUCGUUCGGAUGUGUCGUAUAUCCGGGCGCCGUUGACUUUCCGUGAAAACAACGUAAGGAUCGUCAAGGAUCUCUACCUCCAAGAAUUCGACCCGGAGGGCGACGAGUCAGCAAAGUUCAAGACCCAGAAGAAGUACUUUAUUCCAUCGCUUGCCGUUCCUGACAUUGACGAUGAGUUGAAUGACGAGCUCCAGAACAUGGACGAGAGCGAGCGCCCUUCCCAGGCACACUCGCACCGACACUCGCACUCACACUCGCACUCGCAGUCCUUCCAUCGGCUUUCGGAAACAGACCAGCAGCUUCAAAGAAUGAAAAACAGGCGCUACAUAUAGCCGAUCUGUUGAGCCAACUGUGCCAG